UACCUUAUGCCUACUUUCGUACUAUAAAUAUCCACACUGGAGUCCAUUCUCCACAACUCCAUAGUUGUGUUUUCUUAAUCAUCUUCUCUCUCCUCCCCUCUCUCUCAUCCUUUUUCUUAGCUACCCCCACUUUUAAUUUCUCGGGGACUAAUUCUUCUGACGAGGAAAUGGGUGGAAACAUUUCCCCUUGUGCUUCUUGCAAGUUGCUGCGACGUCGCUGCGCCAAGGACUGCUGCAUCUUUGCUCCUUACUUCCCUCCCGAUGACCCCUACAAGUUUGCCAUUGUCCACAAGGUCUUUGGUGCUAGCAACGUUGCCAAAAUGCUGCAGGAGCUUCCGGCUAAUCAGAGAGCAGAUGCAGUGAGCAGUUUAGUAUACGAAGCGAACGCAAGGAUGAGAGACCCUGUCUAUGGCUGCGUAGGGGCGAUUUCCUACUUGCAAAAGCAGGUGUCCCAGCUUCAAAUGCAGUUGGCAGUGGCUCAAGCAGAGAUCCUCUGCUUCCAGAUGCAAUCACAAGAACCGGCUGUCCCGAUGAUCAGCGAUCAUCAUGAUCAGCGCCUGAUGGACGACCCAGAUGACGACGGCUCGUACUUUCUCUGUCAUAACAAUCUCCUCCAUCAGUACCUCGGUUUUGCCUCUCCUAGUAGCAAUGUAACAAUUCAGGACUACUCUCCUGGGAGAGAGUCUCCAUUUGGACACGACAUGGUUUCUUCUUAG